AUGGACGAUUUCCCGACAAAUAUUAGGCACUCCGCAUUGGAGAAGCUUGCAAACUUAGCAGUGCAGGAAUCGGCCGCUGAUGAAGACUCCGACAUUACGCGGCUAACAGAACAAUGUCAGCGCCGAAGCAAUGAACAGCCUAAUGGGUUACAGAAUAGGACCCCGACAUCGCGAGUACCUAUGGGUAUCCGUGAACUAGAUGUCCUCUUUUGCCUCUGCAAGGCUUCCUCUUCAGUGAAGGAACUGAAUCACGCCUCCCGAUUAGUUGCGCAACUCUCUCAGUACCUCCCUGAGUCCCACAGCCAGGUCUUUCGUGCCUCGCCUUUCCUGCAGAACGUCAAACCGUCUCCGUGGGAGUCCCUUACUUACAAUCUUGCAACUGCUUUGCUUUCUUUGGGGGCAAAUUAUCCAUCGUUACGUGAUACCGUCUUCUAUGCAGUCAACGAAUACCUAUGCAGCUGUGCGGAAGCUGUCGAUGCUGCGGCUGCCGUCCAAAGCCGUGACUCCGCAACGUAUAACCAUGGCGCUGCGCACGGAUCUGUUAACAUACUAUCUAUUGUUGUUUCGCUGGUUGGCUUUUUGGAGGCCUCGGCAGUUCAUACUUCUUUCUGGACCGCGAGCGAACAACUGCAGAUCGUGGAACAUUUGCGAUUGAUGCUUUCAGAGAGGUUGAUGGUUAAUGUUGAGACUGCUUCUUCUAUUGUUCGCAACGCUAGUGCAACAGACCCUCUUUUUCGAGAAUGGAGAAAGUACUCCCGGCGCUAUGCUGCCCAUGGGCGACCCCUGGGAGCCAUACUCCUGCAAGAAGGACUAAUGCGCUUCGUCAAAUCCUGCGCGUUGUCUCUUAUUGGCCCUCAAGAAUCGUCUGAGGAUGAGCUUCUUGAUGAAUACAUGAACGGUGUAGGCAUCGCUAGGAGUCACGGUGAUGCCGAGAUAUCUCUCAUUGAGUGUGUGACAAAAGUCGCCAGUGAUGAGAUCCAUCUUCUGGAGGACGGUUUUGAUUAUUUACAGCUCGGCUCUCCGUGGCAGCAGCGACUUACAUUCUCCGUGAAAGCUCUUGCACUGACGGCGUUUCUUAACUGUGUUGUCGUGGGCAGAAAUGUCGCGAGUAGCGAUACUCUCCUCUCAUGGCUGGAAGAUACAUUAACAGAUCCUAACCAGAUGUCAUGUGUCGAGCUCGGAACAGCUGCUUUGAGAAGCGUUGCGAUAAUUGCAAGGAUGUCGCCGAACAGUGCAUCUGCUGGAACUCGCUCCCUUUUGAGGUUCAUCGUCCAAGGAGGUGUGCCAACGGGGCCUAUUAUCGCCGUGGCUGCACGGUGUCUCGCCCAGGUCUUGAGUAUCCUUUCUCAGGAUGCCGUCAUCACGACGCUUUAUUCGUUGGGGAAUGUGUUGAGUGCAGGUUCAAACACCGAUAGGUCUUACCAGAACCCAACUGUGGUAGAUGCGCCUGGGCAAACUGCUCCUCUGGUGCCUUUUCCACAGCCUGGAGACCCGAGUGUGAUUUCUUUAUCUGUCAAUGGAGAGGAAGACAAUGUUCCUCAUAGAAAUGUCAUUCAUGCCAUCGUGACAAUUGCCAACAGCUGCAAUGACGAAAAGAUCAGUGCUCUGGCACAAUCAAUGCUUCUGCAAAAGAUGGGGAAAGUAAAUGCUGCGGUAGAUGCUUGCCUUAUUCAGGAAACAGCUGCUUUGGCACCAAGCACUGGACAGGCCGAAUUCCAACUCUUACUCAAAUUUUACGCCCGCGUUUACCGUGAGGGCGUGGCCAGAGGUGGUAGCAAUGUGGCGGAAGCAGUCCAAAGUGCAAUGUCUUACCUCUCCAUCACUCUGAGCAGAAACUCUCCCCUUUACAGAAUAUACCUGAUUCAUUUACUUGAGAGUAUCGUGAACAAGGGCGAUGCUACGGAUUUGGAAAACGAACGACAAAGGGAAUUUAUGUUGACGCCUGGUGACAUUGUCCCCCUUCUCAGACCAUUGGCAUUGCUUGUGUCCUCCAAGCGCAAGGCCGUAGCAGAUUCCUCGGAAUCUGAGGAUUAUGACGAGGAUGUAUCGUCUAUGUUUCGCGACGUCUGGUUCAAUCUUGCAGUCCAUGGGAUAUCAGCCAAUUCAACUGUUGCUCGAGACCACAUGACAGAAUUGCGUCUCCUUGCGAAACAUUCCCCACCCCUGGUUCCUGAAAGUCGCAUGGAGAUGUUGGAAAGCGAUGUGGAGCUCAACACAAUUCUCCGACGUGGAAUGGGCCCUCAGCGCAUUCUGGAACAAAAGAAGAUGUUGAUCACCGAGAUAGCCAACCAUGAACCUGAAAUCAAACGAUUAGAUUAUCCAAGAGUGAUUUUCCUGAAUGCUUCUUUGCUGCUCGAAAGUCUGCGGGCAUCUUCGGGGAACUGUACUAAGUUUCUCAGCUACUUCCGUGACCCGGCGUUGGCUACCAUCGAAAUGGCUAGUUGCAUGAACGCGAUUGCGGAAAACGUUGUCUCUUGCUACCUCACAAUGACACUCUCUGGAAAGCAUGAGGAGUUCUCGGUUCCAUUUUUGUCCAAGCAAUUGGCUGAUUUCUUCGUGGCGUGCUGCCAUCGUAUUGAACGGGUGCAGAAUGUCGCAGUGCUCUCUGCAAAUAAGAUCAUAAGAGAAUGCCCUUCUGCUCUGUGUGAAAAGCAUUCUCUAUUUGCGUUGCUUGAGCUGCUGACCGUCAUGUGGUCUUCUUGCCUCGAAGAAGAUCUUGAUGAAUUUGAAUGGAAAUCGUCUUUUACGUCUCCCAGGGGAAUCGUGAAAGUCGACCUUCCUGAUAACUAUGGCUUCAGAAGAGGGACUCUGGAGAUGUUCCAUGAGCGUGCCAAGGCAUGGGUAGCCACAGUAAUGGACAUAGCGCCGUUAGAUGUCAAGGGAUUGCUUCAGACUUAUCUAUCUGAAUCGGAGGAUGAUGGUGGGUACGGACAUAUUUCGUUGGGCCGUUCUUUCGCACUCGAUAUGGGCUCUUUUAUUCCUCAGAGCGAUCGGCGACUGGGAUCGAUUGAGAACUAUGGGAUCAAUAGAAUCAAUGUCGCUUCCGAAUUCGUUGCCCAAUACAGCUCACGACAGAAAUACCGGUACCCUGUCAUGCCUGCGCUGGAGAGCCCGGGGUUCAAUUUUGCAGGGGAUAAUAACAAACACGCCGCUAUUGACUCGUCAGGACCGGUUGAGAACGUCGAGAGCCUACUUUCCCGCCUAUACGAACAGGCCAACACUGGGAAGAAUGUUUCCUUCAUUGAGGUUCGAGAUGUACUGAGGCAAGCAGCUGCUAUACUUUGCAGCGAAAAGGACGCCAGGCCCUCGAUAGUCCACUAUUUCGUUGCUUUACCGUUCCAAAUAUUCUCAAAAGAAUCGAUGAGCUUGGGUGUCUCUCUUUGGCUUGGGACCAUGAAUGAGAACCCUGAAAUUGAGUCGAGAAUCAUGGUAGAGGUCAUGGAAGGCUGGGAAGAGACGAUACGGCGCAGAAGGGGAUUGUUUAACCCCUCUUUCGAUUAUGUUGAUCCACUUUACGCAAAAAUCGAGCUUCUGCCGACCGAUAAAGAGCUUCUACUCAAAAAGCAACAAAAAGCCCAGAACAUUCUGUCACCUCACUCCCAUGUUCUUCAGUUCUUUGAGAGCCACUUUAGUGCCGUGAGGCUGGGCAAGCCUCAGAGUAGGCGAUUGUUCUGUCGUUUGAUCGGAACAACGACCGUGGGACUCUUGGAGACACACGGCCAUCCAUUGGCUAGAGAGAUUCACUUCCGCAUCACCUUGUUUGGUCUAAAGGUUCUGAAACAUUUCAAUUCGCAGGACCAGGUCGCUUCAUGGAAACUCAAGGAUCAGAUUCUUUCGGCUGCUCUAAGUUGGUUCAAACACCCGCCUAGGUGGUCAUUUGGUGGUAAUCGACUGCAGCUCAAGGCCGAGGACAAAAUACUUGAUGAUGUUGCUUCGGCAUUGAAAAACGUUGCCGGUAUCGCUGGUCAAACUCAUGGACCAUACAAGUCGUUGCACGCGAAACAAGAACUUUUACAGAUGUUCAUUGAAAAUGAACGAUCACGUCUGAAAGUUUGGCUAUACCCUCUAGAGCCGGAACGGAAGCAUUUUAUGGGCCCGGCUUCGGGAGGUAAAAACCUUGCAGAGGAAGCUGCGUCUCUCUUGUGGCUGGCCUGGGAAGAAAACCCGGGAUUGGCUAUUCAGCUUGCUACUCGCCUUUCAUCCGCAAAAUUGAGAAGCGAUAUCCGCUGGCUACUACUCAAUUUCUCAGAGAAGGCUCUUGAUGAAGCAAAUGGCUUAGAAAUAAUGUUUGGCUCAUCCUUACCCCCGGAUGUCUCGUCACAACUCAAGUAUUUGCUGUACUGGGCCCCUGUUAACCCUACGGAAGCUCUCACGUACUUCUUGCCUGCAUAUGGCAACCAUCCGUUCAUUUUACAAUAUGCCAUGAAGGCGUUGGAGAGUCACCCAGUAGACGUCCGUUUCUACUUUGUCCCACAGUUGGUGCAGGCCCUCAGGUACGAUACGCUGGGCUACGUGGAGCGCUACAUCCUCGAGACGGCAAAGCAGUCCCAGCUAUUCGCACAUCAGGUCAUAUGGAAUAUGAAGGCAAAUUCAUACAAAGACGAAGAUGCUCAGGUGCCGGAUCCCCUCAAACCAACCUUGGACAAAUUCAUGGAAGCCUUGAUCUCAAGUUUCUCUGAUGAAGAACGAGAAUUCUAUGAAAGGGAAUUCUCGUUCUUCAAUGAUAUCACCGGUAUAUCAGGGAAACUUCGUCCUUACAUCAAAAAGAGUAAACCCGAAAAGAAGGAAAAGAUCGAGGAAGAACUGCGGAAGAUCAAGGUGGAAGUUGGCGUCUAUCUUCCAAGUAACCCGGAUGGCGCCGUAGUUGGAAUAGACCGCAAAUCCGGUAAACCAUUACAAAGUCACGCAAAGGCCCCAUAUAUGGCGACAUUCAGAAUUCAGAAGACAAGAGUCAGGUAUGACGGGCCGGGCACUCCUGAUGCUUCAGGUGCUCCUGGUUUAAACCAGCAGCAACUGGCUGGGGCUCAGGAUUCCACAUCGGAUUCAAACUUGGAGACCUAUGAUGUCUGGCAGUCAGCCAUCUUCAAGGUCGGUGACGACUGUCGUCAAGACAUGCUGGCUCUACAGAUGAUCGCUGCAUUCCGGAGCAUCUUUUCCAGCGUUGGUUUGGAUGUAUGGGUAUUCCCGUACCGAGUCACUUCCACCGCUCCCGGCUGCGGAGUUAUUGACGUUCUUCCGAAUUCGAUAUCUCGUGACAUGCUUGGUCGCGAAGCGGUGAACGGCCUUUAUGAUUACUUUGUCUCCAAGUAUGGAGGGGAGGAUUCGAUCAGGUUUCAGGAGGCGCGUACGAAUUUUGUCAAGAGUAUGGCUGCGUAUUCCUUGAUAACAUAUCUGCUGCAAUUCAAGGAUCGCCAUAACGGGAACAUCAUGGUCGACGAUGCUGGCCACAUCAUACAUAUCGAUUUCGGAUUCUGCUUCGACAUUGCUCCGGGAGGUGUACGCUUUGAACGCGCACCUUUCAAGCUAACAUCUGAGAUGAUUGCCGUAAUGGGCGGUAUCCCUCAAACACAUGCCAAUGCAGCCGGAACAGGCUCACAUCACAUUACUAAUACGCAGCCAUAUCGGUGGUUCGAGUCUCUUGUGGUGAAGGCCUUCCUCGCUUCGCGUCCGUACUGCACAAAGUUGACCCACAUUGUGUCGUUGAUGCUUGACAGUGGCCUGCCGUGUUUCAAGCCUGAUACGCUAAAGAACUUCCGCGACCGGUUUGUGCUUGAGAAGAGUGAGAGAGAAGCUGCCGAAUUUAUGCGAGAACUCAUUCGCAAAUCGUACAUGAACAUCUCAACUAAGGGAUACGAUCAGUUCCAGCUGUUGACCAACGGCAUCCCAUACUGA